AUGUGCAGACCCAACACCCUCGGCGUCAAACCCACGUGGGGUAAGGAUGGAAAUCUUGGAAACUCAUCGGGAGCCAUGGUGGCUCAGUGGAAAGUACUUCUCACCUCAGGCUGGUAUCAAUGCAGGAUUCAGCAUCACAUCCAGUCUGGGAGAAUCACCUUUGGGCAAAUAAGGAUGAGAGCUGUCGAUGACCUUGACAUCUGUGCUGACUCCAAGACACUUGUGGACAAGGCAGUCAUCUCCCAAAUUCUCUAUCAGGCUCCAAGCCAUGGGCUACCUAGAGAUCAAAUUAAGAUCUGCAGAGACCGCAUUGAAGAAUUUGAUGAAGCAAAACUAAAUCCACCUGAAGGUGCUGAUAGUCAUUCAGUGCGUUCAACAGGGAUCGGAGCAGAAACCAAGAUGCUGACACUGUUCUUAACUGUGUCUGUCCUCUUCGGACAUCAAGUUGCUGCUCAGGAAAAGGUGGAAGAGGUGGACAACUUCUGUGAAGAAAUUGAUUGUCUCUUACCAGAGACCGCCAUUUUGGAGAACGGUUAUGAAGAAGUUACAUUUAAUCCAUCCCCAUGGGUUGAAACAAGAGUCCAUGGAAUGGAUUUGAAAGAUGCAGUGAAGGCCGGCCUCGACCGACUAUUCAAUUAUUCACAGUUCAACAACGAUGAAGAAACAAUUGUUCCCCUCACUCCACCCUGGGGAGUCAUUGGAUACAUAGAAGAUGGCAAAAUACAAAAUAAUUUUGAUGUAUUCACGAUAUUAUCUCCUCAUGCUAAAGAAGCACCUAAACCAACAGAUACAUUGGUUCAGAUAGGACAUAAAAUUUCUGCUCCGUUCUAUCUCAUGGCAUUUGAUGAAAGUGAUGGCAGUAACCUUAGCAGCGAACAAUAUGAAGGCCGAGUGUUCCAAUUGAUGAAGGCUUUGGAAGCAGACAACAGACCCUUUGACAAAACUUUCUUUUACAUUGGUUGGUUUAAUCAACUUGGGCUAAUGGAAGUUGCCUUUCAAAAGAAAAUUUGAAAUUGUUCUGAAUAUUUCAGACAUCAAACAGUGAGAUGUGCUUAAUACUAUUGCAUGGCUCUAAACUUUUUGAUCUCCCAUCUGGUACACAUUGGAUUUCAGUCUGCGUAUGUGUCAGUACUUGGUGUUUGAACAACUCCCCUAAUCUCCUCUUUUCAGACCCCGAUGGCCCUGUUAAUAAACACUGCCCUCCACCAGCAGUGAGAAGGAUUUGUCUCCAACCCACACUGCCUCAUUUUGACAUGGGGAGCUUUAUUCAGCUCUCUUAACUUCGACAGUCACGCGGGUUUUGCCUUUUCUGACAUUGUUCUAAAUUCAGUAUUCAUACUUUGAAAGUCUAAUUAUUUUAAAAAGCUUCUCUCUUGUGUGUGUUCAAUUCAAAGUGUGACAACAUAUUCCCGGGGAGGGAGAUUUUGAUUUUCACAGGGGACUGCACUCCUGUCAUUACCCAAUUAAAAUAAAUUGCAUCAAAGACAAAGGCAAGGAAGUGGUAGUGAGUAUUUCUAAAGCAAUGGUUUGGCUUCAAAUAAUGUACUGCAUUCAUUUAUGAUACAUGGAUUUGCAGAAGAGUGGAAAGGGUUUAGUGAUUCCUCUGGUGAUAUGACCUCAAAGUCUCCAUACUGCACAAAUACGUCAGACUAAUCCCAAUUGUACGUGGGUGGGAGAUCCUCUAUUGGGUGACAGGGAUUCAUGUAUUCAGCAAUUUUUCUUUUCGUUUGCUUGCUUUCAAUAAAUUGACUACAAUCUGAGAUUGAGAAGAAUCUAGUGACAGGCCUCGGUUCCAGAAUGUUCUAUCUUCACACAGGAAUGGAUUAUAUUUGUUUAUCCCAAUCAUGCUCAUGAGAAUGUUUAAUAUUCCUGUGAAACAAAUGUAUUGAGAGUGGGAGGUGUUGCAGAGCACAGAGUAUUGAGGCUGUUACAUGUGAUAUCAUGAGAUUUGUCAAAUGUGAGAUUCUACAUGGCCUCCCUCACACUGUUCGUUUCAGAUUGAAUUAUUUGCUUACAAGAGAAUAUUUAAACUGUGUAAAGAAACAGAGGAUUUUUUUUACCACAAUUUGAAAAAUUUCAAUCCGUGUGUGAAUAGUUACACAUUCUGUACAGUGAAAAUACAACUGGACAAAUAUAAUUGUAUCGAUCAUAGACUGUGUACAAUAUGAAGGGCAAUAUAUUCACUCAGAAACCUGCCAAUGGGACACCGAAUGUGUUUAAGGCUCCAAAAUGUAGCACUUUUAAAUUGGUCCAGAUUAUCAUCCAGAGACUGAAAAUGAAACACCAUUCUGAUUUCCGCAAAAGCAAAAUUCACAUUUGCAAUACCCACAUGCUGAAUCUACCAUUAAGGAAAGGUUUUAUUUUCCUGGUAAAUUUGACCCACUCACAGGUUUCUGUUUUGGAGGAAAUAAGUCGUUAUUUUCUAGCCUUUGCUUCUCUGUUGUUUUCCUAAUUGCUGGGAAUGUGUACUCACUGUGAAAUAAAGGGGAAUGCAUUACAA